AUGCAUCGCCAGAACUUCCGACCCCCGACGCCUCCGUACCCCGGCGCGGGGGUGGGAGGCCGGAGCGGCGGGAGCAGCUACCGGGGCACCCCGGGCGGCGGGCCGCGGCCGCCCUCCCCUCGGGACGGGUACGGGAGCCCGCACCGCGCGCCGUCCUACGGGCCCCGGGGCAGGCCCUACGGGAGCAGCCCCUCCCCGCGGCGCGGCGGCGGCUUCCCCGGGGGCCGGUUCGGGUCUCCGUCCCCCGGCGGCUACCCCGGCGCCUACGCCAGGUCCCCCGCGGGGUCCCAGCAGCAAUUCGGCUACUCCCCGGGCCAGCAGGCCCACCCCCAGGGUUCUCCAAGGACAUCUACACCUUUUGGAUCAGGGCGUGGUAGAGAAAAAAGAAUGUCUAAUGAGUUGGAAAGUUAUUUCAAACCUUCAAUGCUUGAAGACCCUUGGGCUGGCCUAGAACCAGUAUCUGUAGUGGAUAUAAGCCAACAAUACAGCAAUACUCAAACAUUCACAGGCAAAAAAGGAAGAUACUUUUGUUAA